AUGACAAUUUCCUCUAAGGACCCCACCAAAACGAGCGCUUCUUGCAGAUGGGCACCACUCGAAAAACCAUUGGCUAAUUUACUCGGACGAUAUUGUAGAUUUGUGGCCAGGUAUCCGUGGCCUUUCAUUAUUGCUCCCACAUUAUUGACGUGUUUUCUUUCAACGGGGAUAUUUCUGAAUUUUGAAAUUGUUCGUGGUGUUCGCUAUUUGUAUGCACCGUUGAAUGCGAAAUGGAAGUUCGAGGAAGAAGUAUUGCAUCGCAAUUGGGCUGCCACUGAUCAACAGUUUUAUCCAGGUAAGGAUAUCAUGCGACGAAAAGGUCUCUAUUUGAUGGUUCAAGCGAAGGAUUAUGGUAGUGUGCUGAGGCGAUCGUAUGCGAACGAGUUUGUGCGUUUGUUGGACUGGAUUAGUACGGAGCACUUCAAAACUGAUGAUGGUAUUGAAUACAGUUACAGAAAUAUUUGUUUACGAUUUCAAAACGAUUGUUUCACAAAUGCUCAUGCUAGGCUCUUGGGCGAAAUCUUCUCGAAAGGUGAUCAAGAUGCAUUAAAUGUGACAUAUCCAAAAUUCUAUUCGCAGUAUUCAACUGAACCGAUUGAUCUAUCAUUAACACUAGGUGGUAUUGAAACAAAUUCACGACAACGACUAUUGUAUGCGUCAACGUGGAUGAUUCUGUAUCAAUUAAAGCAGCAUAGCGACCUUAUGAUGAAGUUAAGCUCGCACUUCGAAAUAGCCGUUAGUGAGCGGAUCAAUUCGGGUCAUAUUCCAACGAGUCUCUUCAACGUUUACUACUUUCACUCAGAUACGUUCGAGUUAGAGUUAGCGGAAAGUAAUCGUCGACUCAUUCCAAGCUUUUUGCUAACGUUCAUCAUUCUGUCGAUCUUCUCAGUGAUGUGUACUUUUAAUGUGAAUAUCUUACCAAUGAGAAACGGUAGUUUCGUGACCGUCGUGGACUGGGUUACCUCAAAACCGCUUAUGGGUAUUGUUGGUGUUAUCACGACACUAAUGGCAAUCGUUUCUGCAACUGGUCUCUUAUUGCUUUUCAAAGUGACAUUCGUCGAUAUGGCUACUGUAAUGCCAUUUCUCAGUUUAACCAUUGGAAUAGACGAUACAUUCUUGAUGUUGGCUGCAUGGCAUGAAACGAAAACAGCAAUUCGACAUUGCUAUCCCCCAUGCGAAGGUUCUUCAUCAGUGUCGAGCGUCGUUGAAGAUCGUAUCGAACGUGCAAUGCGUCAUGCAGCCGUCUCGAUCAGUAUCACCUCAUUAACGGACGCAAUCGCCUUCAUAAUUGGUUCAAUUGCGCCUCUUCCAGCGGUGAUAUAUUUUUGUUAUUAUUCAUCUGCGGCGAUAUGUUUCAUAUUCGCAUAUUCACUGACUAUAUUCGUCGCAUUCCUCGCCAUUCAGGGACGUUGGGAAGAGUCAUAUCGUCACUGUGUUCUGCACCUUCCAACUGAACCAUUUGAACACAUCGAAACCGUUUCAUUCAUGCAACGAUACCUGAAUAUGGGAAGUCGAACCUCGGUUCGCGAAAUUCACAUACACACUGACUUGAAUGGUUCUCCGUUAUCAACAUCCUCCCGAUCUGAGAAAAUCGCGCUCGAGAAUCGUCUUUGGUAUCAACGUUUCUUUGAAGAUUUUUAUGCCCCAUUCAUAGCGAAUACGCUCAUUCAAACGAUCGCACUAAUUUCAUUCAUCGUCUAUUUGGCAAUAGCUUGUUGGGGUACGAAGAAUGUUAAAGUGGGAUUCGAUUUGAUGAGUAUCAUACAAAAAGACUCACCACCACGUCGUUUUCUCGAGAUCCGAAAUGAACUUUUUGUAAACGUUGCCACAAAGGUUGAUGUCGCUGUGAUGCAUCCACCGAAUAUGGGUGAUCACAAUGCUCGUAUUCGCUUCUUUGAGGCUCUCAAUGAGCUAGAACAGACGAAUUGUAGUGUUGGACAGAAUGGAACUGAUUUCUGGUACUUUGCAUAUCAACGUUUCGUUAGUCGACUGGGAUUCGGUGAUUCGUGGGCCACGUUGAAUCAGAAUGAGACGGAGUUUAAUCUGAAUUUGAAAUCGUUUUUGAUGACGAAUGAACGAUACGCUCACGACAUAUUGCUUUAUGAAAAUGGCUCAAUGCGCGCAUUUCGUCUUAGCGUACAACUGAUAAAUAAACAACCUUCUGACGAGCAUAUAAUUCUGUGUGCAAAACUCUUCAGAGAAGCGGCUGCAAAAUACGAGAGUGAAUUUAAUAUCACAACUUACACUCAAUUGUGGGCACUUGCAGACCAGUUUGAGAUUAUGUGGCCGCAAACAAUGCAAGAUUUGUAUAUUUCCAUUGCAGUGAUGAUACCAGUGUCGUUAUUAUUUAUACCACAGCCAUUAUGUGCGCUAGUGAUCGCCUUAAAUAUAGCAUCAAUAGCUGUUGGUGUGAUCGGUUUUAUGACACUCUGGUCGGUGCAUUUGGAUGCCACCUCAAUGAUAACCAUCGCAAUGUCGGUUGGCUUCAGUGUUGACUUCGCUGCACACAUUACUUAUGGCUAUAUGACGGAAACGAAAAAGAAUGAAAUCAGUGAUGCACAUUCAACAGCAGCACCUUAUCAACAACUUGUUAAAGCGUUAGGUGCUGUUGGAUGGCCAGUAACACAAGCGUCCGUAUCGGUCUUAUUGGGAAUUAUGACACUGGCGACGCUCGACUCAUACGUAGUGAAAACGUGCUUCAAAACCAUUUUAAUCGUGAUUAUAAUCGGUAAAAUGCUCAUCCAAUCUUAG